UUCCAUCCCAGAGUUCAGAAAGAGCUCAAGUGUCUGGGCUCCCAGCUCCGUCUGGUCCCACCUCCCAGCCUCUGCAGAACCCAGGUGGCUCUGUGGGACCCUCCCAAGGAGCCUAGGGCCAUGGAAGAGGUGGACAAGAUCCUCAUCCACUCGCUGCGGCUUUUGGGCACGGAGGUGCCUGAGGAGGUGCAGUGUGUUGGGGACUUCAGCACGGAGCUGAUUGUGGAGGCUGUUGUGUGCUGCCUCCGUGUCAUUGACCCUAUGCUGGGCAUUGGCCUCAGUCCCAGCCUCCCGCCUGGCAUGUCAGCCCGGUUCCGCCUCGGCACCCGCCUUGCCCAGGCCUGCCAGGUGAGGACCCAGGUGCUAGGGGCCCCCGGGGAUGUGGGGUACCAGACCUUCCUGUAUAGCACAGAGCCUGAGAUCCGGCGCCUCCUGCUCUUCCUGGUGGAGAAGCUGCCGCGGGAUGAAGCUGAGGACCCUGGGCACCCUCAUGGGAAAUCAGCUGUGCUGCUCAGGGCCUUGGCGACCUGCAUCCAGGAGCAGCUGGAGACCCCAUGGGUGCCGCCUGCCUGCCGCUCUCCCUGGCUCCAGCGCCUGCAGGGGUCCAACCUGCAGACGCCCUUCCAGGCCCAGCCCCUGGUGCUGCCCCAGGAUAAGGGUUCAAAAGAGCGCCGGGAGUACUUUCAGGUGCUCUUGCCCCCUGUCCCCCAGCAGCUGCCCCCCUGCCCCGGGCCAGCCCCUUCCCUGAUGGAAGCUCACACUGCCCAGCUCACUGCCAAGCUGCCCUCCCAGGAUCAGACCUGGGGGCUGGGGGGCAACCGGCUGAGGCAGCCAGUUCCAGCGGGGGGGGGCAUGCCCCCAUUGCGGUGCCGUCUCCUGGAGCAGCUGCGCCAAGCCUGUACUCCCCUGGGCGGACGCCUUCCACCUGCCCCAGGGGCUCCAGACCUGACUCGGCUGCUGGGAUCAUUUGGGGCUGGGGGGGGCCUUGGGGGCCCCACUCUGACUAAGGGGUCCCGGUUCACUCGUGCCCAGCGCCUGGCCCAUCAACAGGGCCCAGAGACGCUCUCGGAGCAGAUGCAGGUGGCAGCUGAAUCUCUGGCUUCAUCUAAGACCUCAGAGCAGGAGGUGCAGGCCCGGCAGGAAGAGGAGUUGGGAGCCCUGUGGGCUGAGCUGGGGCAGCUGGAGGCUGAGAUUGCUGGCUUGGGUGGGGAGGUGAAAACCCUGGAGCUGGGACUGGUGCAGAUGGAGACAGACGCAUCUCAGCGGCGCCAGGCCCUAGGGAGCCGGGAGUGGAGCCUGCGCCUCAAGCGUCGCACAGUGGAGCUGCUGCCUGAUGCAGACAGCAACCUGGCCAAGCUGCAGCUGGUGGUAGAGAGCAGUGCCCAACGCAUCCUGGCACUGGCAGGGCAGUGGGAGCUGCACCGGCGCCCCCUGCUGGAUGAGUGCCGGCGCCUCAAAGGGCUGCGAGACACCCGCCAGCUGGAAUCAUCACGACGCCUGCAGGAUAUCAAGGCUUUGCAUGAGUGGCAUCGGAGCGCGGCUACUGAGGCCCAGCACAAGGAAGAAUUGUACCAGCAGCUGGUGCUGGAGCUGGAGGGACUACCUCGUGCUGUGUCCCGGGCUGCCUACACCCACCGCAUCCUGGAGAUUGUCAGUAACAUCCGCAAGCAGAAGGAGGAGAUCAAGAGGGUGCUGUCAGAUACGCGGGGGCUGCAGAAGGAGAUAAAUGGGCUGACAGGGAAGCUGGAGCGGACCUUUGCUGUCACCGAUGAGCUUAUCUUUAAGGAUGCCAAGCGAGAUGAGUCGGUGCGAAAGGCUUACAAGUACUUGGCUGCACUUCACGAGAACUGCUCCCAGCUGAUUCAGACAAUUGAGGACGCCGGCAGCAUCCACAGAGAGAUCCGGGACCUGGAGGAACAGAUUGAGAGCGAGUCAGGGGCCAAGAUGCCUGCCAGCUUGGAGCGAAUCCUGGGGGAUCUCCGGGCCCUAAGGCAGGAGAAUGCCGGUCUGGCUGCCCGUACCCAUGAGGCCUGACCCUGCCCCCUCUGAACGCCCACUUGUCUCCCUAUAGUACUGCCAGACUUUAGGGACAAAGGUUACAGCUGCUUGGCCUCCUAUACUCAGUUGCCAGGGGGAUCUACUUUGCCUUCAUUGCCAGGAUGCAGCUGAUUCUGGGACAUGAUGUUCAAUUGUAACAAGUGUAAUAAAGUCCUCACUAUCUGCA